UUUCCUUUUGAGUCGAAUCGACCACCGCCAACAUUUCCUUUUGAGUUGAAUCAAUCAUGGGUAAGAAACUCAGAAAGAAGAAAAAGAACAACAGAAACAGGAAGCAGAACCAACAAAAGAAAACCAAUACAAUUUUAAAGCAAAUAGAAAAUCUUGCUUUAGAGGAAAAGAAUGAUGACUUCAUUAGCAGAUUACAAGAUGAUAUCCUUUGCCACAUCCUUUCUUUAGUCCCUUGCAGAUGUGCAGUACAAACUAGUCUGUUGUCAAGUCGUUGGAGAUAUGUGUGGAGGAAAUCAAUAGAAUUUCAAGGAACAAUAGAUGAUAUUUCUGAGGUGAUCACUUUGCUUCUUGAUCGAUUCGACAAGCUUUCAUCUGAUCGAAAAAUCCGGUUUCAUUUCGGUGAAGGCAGUAUUCUAGCUACCUUUAAAGAUGAAGAACUUCAUCUGAAUUUCUGUUAUGAAGGACAAGAAACUUUUAGUCAUUUUGACUGGAGUCUAGAGCUCAAUCCGAAAAUCCCAGUUUGUGAACGGGCUUCAUGUAUGAAAGUCCUUCAUUUAAAGUCUGUGAAUAAGAUGACAAGAGAAAUAGUUUCAUCUGUCAUUUCAAAGUUCCAGUUUCUUGAAAACUUACAGAUUUCUGAAUGCAAGGGAUUACAAUCACUUUACAUCGAAGCUGGCUCAAGAUUUCAAAGCUUGAUAAUUUUGGACUGUUUACAACUGAAUGAAAUCUAUGUUUUUGCACAUAACCUCAAGAAAUUGGUGUUUCAGGGGCAACUUCCUUGGAUUUGGCUCUAUUAUUCUCCUCACUUGGAGAAUGCCAUUCUUGAUUUCAGAAACGGUCCAGGCUACAAUCCCUUUGCAUGUGAAAAUCUUCUUUCUCUUCUAUUGGCUGUCAAAAAUGUGAAAACUCUUACAAUAUCUGGCUGGCUUUUCAGGGUACCGAUUUCAAAGUGGCUAUCUUCAGCUGGAGCCAUUUGGGAGAGAAAAGACUUUCUCUUCAACAAUUUAAUGAAGUUAUGUUGGAUUGAUAGUUCAAUGGAAAAUCACAGCAUAGCUACCUUGAUUUCUGUUCUAAAGAUCUGUCCUUCUCUGGAGAAGCUAUUCAUAAAUGUGGAUCCAAGCAAUUACUGCAGUCCAAGCAAGGGAGAAUAUAGUUUCUGGAUCGAGUACUCAAAUCGAGUAGCUAGUACUACAACUUUGGAUCAUCUCACUGUAGUUAAAUUGAAGGGUUCCUUAGGUCAGGAAGACAAAAUUUUAUUGACAAAGCUUCUAGUUAAGGUAGCUUCAGUGGAGCUGAUACAGUUUAAGUGAAAUGUAUGAGAUUGAACCAGAUAAAUAUUGAUCAAACCAUGGUGAAUAUGGUUGAGCUUCCACCAACAAAAGUUUGCAGGCUGAUGACUUAUCAGUGGGGCAUCCUUUGAUGAAUAUGGCUUCCUUUCGAGGAUAGUUGCAGCUUUUGGAGAUGGAUAUGUUUGAAUCUUUGUUGACUCCAUAUCCAGUCUUGAUGCAAUUGAAUUUUUGUUUCAUUUUUGAGCUUAUCAAGGAGAUAAAAGUUGUUGCUAUAUCUAACCUGUUGUAUUGAGAUUGAUAUGUGGAAACAAUUUCUCGACAUUACAAGGGGAAUUAUAGCAUUUUUCUUAAUCUUUCAAUCUGAUAAAUGCUUGUUUAGUUGUUCCUGAGCUACUUCUUCCUCGGUAACUUGGAUUCAGAGAUGCACCUUUCCAAGAUUGGUUCUUCUUUCAAUUUCAACCUUUGAAGCAUUCAAGAAGGAAACAGAAGAAAACAAGUUAGAACCAAAGAUUAUUUUAUUUGCUUCAAUAAUUGCAAGAAUGCUACAUUGACUUUGUCAGCUUUCUGUUCAGGAUUUAGAUCUGUAACCUAUAAAUUCACACAUUUGUACAAGUAAACUAUAGAUACGACUAAAUACAUUGUGUAUAUAAAAAUGGCAUCAAAAUUGUCGUCGCCUCUCUAAUAGAAGUUGAGUAAGAAAUAAUCAAUUUGAUUGGCAUAAACAUUUAUGUUGAUAAUAAC